AUGGAAUCGUCUUGUGCCAAUGGAGCAUACGUCCCUGUCCAGUUCUUCCCAUUGAUCUGCGAUUGGGCGCACUGGACAAAGAUCAUCGAGAAUAAUGCGCCAAAAGACGAGCUGGAUGAGAUUAUGACGCAAGCUUAUUUCAUGGUUACCACCGCUGCUGAGCAGGAGCCAGUCAUGACGGAAGAAGACCACAGGAGUUGGGCAGCGGCAACUGACAACACGGAGCCUACAUACUCCACCGAAUACAAAAUCGCGAAGUGGAAAUACGAUAUAUUUGGUUUGUUACGCCAACCGAAUCCUGCGCUUGGCAAUGUUAUGCUUCAUGGCAGAUCUUGCAAUCUAGGCAAUUCUCGAGACCUUGAGCUGGAGGUGUUGAAAACCCAAGAGUCUAUCUCGCAGAGUGAAGCCAAUUUAGACAAGCUGUUGGUAACGGAACCAUCGAAGUGGAACACCGAGGAACUUGAAAGGUUCAAAUCGAUAUAUGCAGCCAUGGCAGCAUCAUACGAUGACCUGUUCAAGAUUCUCGAUCUCCCUUUUCCGACAGCACAGCUCCAAACCCUUACUGGUGGCGAUGGUCUAUUCGAACACUGGCAUAAAUGUGGCGUGCUGGGACUAAGUUUCUAUCGCACCCAAGGCGGAGGGGGGUCCCUGAAUCUGAAGAAUGCUUAA